UUUCCGCUCACCCCUCCAUUUUGUUUUUGUAAAAAUAAAAAUAAAAAAGAUAUUUCUUCCAUUUUUUCUCAAUUCUGCAAUUCAUCGCCAUUUGUUUUGUGUAGAUUGUCAUAAAAUUUUAAGCAAAAGCGCACAAAACAAGUUCUUAAAGUAAUUUUUUUUCAUGUGUUUUUAGUCAAACACGAAAUUAUUAAGCAAGCAGAAGCAGUCUGUUGUUUGUAAAGAAGAAGAGAAAAAAAAAAUUUAUCUGUUCUGCAUUUUUUUCAAUUUUUUUUUUAUUUCCAAAAAAGGAAUCAAAUCAAUUUCAUGAAAAAUUAAAAAUUUAUGAAAUAAAAAGACAACAACUGCAACAGUUUGAUUCGGUUUUUUGGUUUCAUUUUAAUUUUUUUGGCGUCGUUUUGUGGAAAAUAAAAAAAAAUCGAUUGUGCGAAAUUCUGCAUUAUUUUUAUCUCCAAAAUCAAGUACGCAAUUGAAAUUGUGCGAAACAAAACAAUAAAAAAAAAACAUAAAUUUGAAAAAAUCAAAAAAAUCUAUGCCCUUCAAGCUCCAAGGGCUCCAAGUCUGAAACAAUCGAAGAGACCUUAAAAUACCUAAAUUGGAAACAAAAAAAGCAUGAAUAAGGAUUUAAAGUCCAAAGAAGAUGCGUCUCCGCUCACAACCAGUACCGAAUCAGAGACAUUCGAUACGUGGACUGUGAUAACAGACAAAACAACAGAUCUAAUCCCCCAAGAGAUACCCUCGCCCCCACCCACACCUGAAAAAGUUGAUGAAGAAGAUGAGGAAGAUGAAAUCGCUGAAGAUGCUGUCCGAGUCGAAGUCUUCAAAGCAACUGAUGAUCAAUUGGAAAAUAGAUACAAUGACAUCGACGAUCUCUCAGAUGGCAUCUCAAUCAUCAGCGAAUGUGAGAGUGUCGGAAGGAUAUCUCCACAUCCAGAACUCCGAAAGCAUCUAUCAGAACUGAAUAUGCGAUUUGUUGAAGUGAUUCCACCAUCACUUCGAAUGACAAAUUCAGCUGGAAGCGAUAGUACUUCACGAAACUAUGAAGCAAGCUCCGAGCAUUCUUCAGAUGUUUUCCAUCAAGUGGAACCAUUGUUGGAAAACAACCGAAGACCACGAAGAUCAUCAUGCCAAUUGACAGACACAUCAGAUUUCCAACCAACACUACGAAGUGGUUUGCGAGGACUUUUCUAUGUUGGAGCUUUGCUUGGAGUUUUGGCCUUUAUCAGUAAAUUAAAAUACGAGUCAGUGCAUGGCACCAAUACAGAUGUACUUAAUCAAAAAAUAAACGACUUAGAACUGAAAAAUAAUCUCAUGAGGGCAGAAAUUGAUAUUCUAGCCAAGCAGGUGAACUACUUAACGACACUGAGUGAAAAUAAAAAAUAUUCAUCAUCAUCGUCCAAUAAACCCAAGAGUAAUCCGUCGUCGAAAGAAAAGAAGGUCAAAGUUUGGCCAGGCAAUGGAAAUAUAAUUGAAGAGGUAGAAGUAAAUCCAAAGGAAUUUAAGACCCCAUACAAGUGUGAUGGUCAUAAUAAUGUUGAUAUUGCUGGAAUGUGCAUAGAAUUGCCAAAAACAAGUGAAAAUGUGGUCGAUUCUUUGGGUGAAAAGGUGAGAACUGUCAUCGAAGAGAAUGAGCAUUUUGCGAAUUUUGAAAAAAUCGUCGAUAAAGUUGUUAAAAUGACAGAGAAUCCAUUUGGUGAAAAAGUGGAUAAGCCCAGAGAAGCUCCAGACAGUGAGAGAGUAAAUCCCAAAGAGUAUCAACCAAAAAAGAAUGACUAUACUCCUCAUGAACACAAACCUGACAAAUAUGAGGGGAAAAAAUAUGACAAUGAAGGCAAAAAAUAUGACAAUGAGGGAAAAAAAUACGACAAUAAGCGAGAAAGCUUCAAAAAGCACAAAAAGAAUGAUGACGAUGAUGAUGAUGACAGUGGUGAAAGUAAGGAACGAUAUCGUAGAGAUCGAUCUAGUGAAGACUUUAAUGGCUCUGGAGAGAGAUAUAAAAAGUCGAAAGACUAUAAAAAAUAUGACAAAUACUCUUCGUCAGAGUAUGAAAAUGCCAAAAGGGAUGCCGAUGGACAAUGGCACGAGAAACUUAUGCAACAUCGAGAGAAUGCUCGAAAAAAUAGCGACAAACAUCGUCACGAUAAGAAUUGGUAUAUUGAGCGCGGUGAUAGUCGAGAACAAGCUCGAGUUACCGAACAAAAAUAUCGUUGAAAAUAAUUAUGAUUAUUAUGUAUGUAAUUUUACAUGUGAAUUUCUUAAAAAAACAAACCAACCAAUUUUGUGAUCCUUUAUUUUAAUUUUUUUUAUUAUUCUUUAAAAAACUUAACGUUUUCUGUACCAUCUUUAUUUUUUUUUACUUCCGUACACUUUUUAAAUAUGAAUGUACCUUAUGCUUCCUACCAAAAUGUCAAAGAAAUAAAGAAUAUAUAUAUUAACUUUUGUGAUAAAAAAAUUAAACUUUUUUCAAGAAAAAGAAUUGUGGCAAAGGCAGUUGCCACUUUCCUCAAGUGUUUAGGGGGAAAUUCUUGAAUAAAAUUAAAAAAAAAAAAUAAAUAGAAAACAAUCUUUAUCAAAGAAUCUAGAUGUUAGAGUGUAUAUUUUAAAAUAAAAAUAACCCUGUAAAAAGUAAAAAUUUG